AUGUGAGGAAGUAGCAGAAACGGAGAGGGAGGGACAGACUUCGGCAUCUGCAUCGCAACAACGUUGUUGCGAAGAGAAAGGAGUGAGGAAAGGAAAGGGAGAAGGAAAGGAGAGGCGGGUGCCAUAUCCUCCACCUUAUCUUCACGGCCACCAUCCAUUGGGAGGAGGAGAGGUGGGGCGGGGCAUUACCCCGGCGCAUCCCUGCCGGCUGCUGCUGCGGCUGCUUUGUGGCUGGAUUGCUUCCUAUUCUUCUCGCCCACAUCCCGACUUCGCACCCACAGUCAGCGUUGCAGGUUUCUCGAGCUCGCGAUUCCCACUCGCUCGACUCCGCUCUCUCUCGACCCCUACUGCGUAUUCGUGUUCUUUGACCGGAGCGUCUGACGGACAUGGAGGCCCUACAGCAAUCCGUGGCGAAUGCCAGAGCGGCCGUGGUGCCCGUCGCGUCCGCAACCGGUGUGCCCACCUCGCAGGUUUCGCAGGUGAAAAUGAGCUUCGUUUCGGGAAGUGGGUCGGCGUUCCGUGGUAAUGCGUUGGUCGCUUCGGUGUCCAAGACCUUGUCGGCGUCUUCUUCCUCUAGCCCCAGCCGGGCCGUCGUGGUGGCAAAGACGGAGACUGCCGCUGGUGGGUACGCUGAGGCUUUGGCGGACCUGUCGCAGGCUACCAACACCUUGGAUACGAUUAACAAGGACAUGGAGGCGUUGGGCGAGCUGAUGACUAACGAGACUCUGUAUGACUUUUUGGUGUCGCCUGUGAUUGAUGGUGACAAGAAGAAGAGCAUUCUCAAGACUGUAGCUGAGGAUGCUAAGUUUAGCGACGUCACCCUCAACUUCCUCAACCUCUUGGUCGAUAAGAAGCGGAUCGACCUCAUCAAGGAAGUCACCAAGGAAUUUGAGGUCAUUUACAACGAGUUGACGGAUACCCAGGUGGCCACUGUUAUCUCGGCUGUGAAGAUUGAGAAGCCGCAGCUCGCCCUCAUCGCCAAGAAGAUCCAGAGUUUGUGUGGUGCGAAGAAUGUGAGGAUUAAGAAUGUCUUGGACCCUACCUUGAUCGCUGGGUUUAUUGUGCAAUACGGUAAGGACGGCUCCCGCUACAUCGACAUGAGCGUCAAGGGGCAACUCGACAAGCUGGCGUCCCAGUUCGCCGCUGCGGAGCAGUCGGCCACUGCAUAAAAUCCAUCGUUAGAGAGAAACCCUUCUCAUUCGGAUUGUAGACUAUGUACAUCAUUUUUACGAUAAUUCAAUGAGCCGGUCUUAAGAUCAAGGUUGCAAAAUUCGUCUCGUAUGAUUGACUUCCUCUGGGAAUUGUCUUCCUUCUCUGUUCAACCUUUACCCCAGUGGACGCAACCCACACUUCUGACCCAAGUGACUGUUGAAUUUCCUUUGCUGUCAACGAAUACAAGUUACUAGAUUCCACUUCUACACAGGGUAGGGUUCACUCACUUGCAUUUUAUUGCCUCUAACAAAAGGCCUCGUGUGUCUCUUCCUAGAGUUUUAGGGGUCCUACUGUCACCAUGAGUUUCCGACCUUUCGGCAGUCACGGAAUGGUUGUGAAUACCUUGCCUCUGCUUCUAUAUUCUUACUCCAAUCUA